GGUAUUCCGAGCGGAUGUGACGCAGCAGCAGGAGCGUGACCCGAGGAACCUCAAACAUGCGUCAAUCCCGAAAAAACAAACUCCACCAAAUAUCGGAUUAUCACCACAAACCGUAAUUCCUACUCCGAAACCUACUCAUGAUAUAAAUCAAGGAUAUAAUAAAUCAGAUAAUCCAUCAGGGACUCAUGUGUUUGUCUUGUGGAGCCCUGUAUAAUCCAGCACCCCUCCAUGGAUUAACCGCAGAGAAAAGCUGAAUCCAGUCGUUCUCGCCGCACCGGUGCAACAUGCCCCUUCCGUUCGGAUUAAAGCUCAAGAGAACCAGAAGAUACACGGUGUCCAGCAAGAGCUGCCUGGUGACCCGCAUACAGCUGCUCAACGGCGAAUAUGUGGAGUUCACGCUUUCGGUGGAAAGCACGGGACAGGAAUGUCUGGAGGCCGUCGCGCAGAGACUCGAGUUACGAGAGAUAACGUAUUUCAGCCUCUGGUACUACAACAAACAAAACCAGCCGAGAUGGAUUGAUCUGGAGAAGCCGCUGAAGAAACAGCUGGACAAGUACGGACUGGAGCCGACCGUUUACUUUGGAGUGGUGUUCUACGUGUCGUCUGUUACACAGUUACAACAAGAGAUAACCAGAUAUCAGUAUUAUCUCCAGCUGAAGAAAGAUGUUCUGGAGGGGAAGAUCCCGUGCUCCAUUGAGCAAGCCAUUCAUUUGGCCAGCUUGGCUGUGCAAGCUGACCUUGGAGACUUCAAUCGAUAUGACUCCCAGGAAUUCCUUCAAAAAAUUGUGCUUUUUCCAAUGUCGUGGAUCCAGGACGAGAGGGUUGUGGAAGAGGCCACCCAGAAAGUCACCGUGCUUUAUCAGAACUACCGAGGUCUGUCCGCACCGGAGGCGGAGUUACUCUACAUGCAGGAGGUGGAGAAGAUGGAGGGCUACGGGGAGGAGAGUGUCCAAGCGAAGGAUGCUCAGAGCACGGAUGUGAUUAUCGGCUCUUGUCUGGACGGGAUUUUAGUCAAGCACAAAAAUGGGAAAGCACCUCUCAUUUUUAGGUGGAAUGAUAUUAAUAAUAUGACUCAUAAUAAGUCUUUCUUUGCCCUGGAGCUUGCCAACAAAGAAGACACAAUCCAGUUCCAGACCGAGGACAUGGAGACGUCCAAAUAUGUGUGCAGAAUGUGGCUGGCGCGGCACAAGUUUUACAAAAUUAACAACAGCAGUCUAGAGCUGUCUGACGGCCCAAACUCUGAGGGCUCCCAGAGGUCCAUACUUUCUCUUUCUUUUCCUCGUUUUCCAAACCUCUCUCGUCCCUCUGUUCCUGUUGACAAGGGACAAACUCAGCCCGCUCCAGUAAACACAGUGAGGCGACGGUCCUCGACGAGAAUGUCUCUGCCAAAACCUCAACCCUACAUGAUGCCACCUCAGAUGCAUUUUAACGGCCAUUACACUGAACCCUACACCUCUUCACAAGACAAUCUGUACAUCAACAACCAGAACGGUUUCUACUACCAUUCCCAGACCAGUCUGGACCGCUCUCCGCACGAGUACAACGGCCGGAUCCGUAACGGCAGCGUUUACAGCGCACAGAGCACCAGCUCCCUCAACAACCCUCAGCACUACCUGCAGCCCUCGCCCAUGUCCUCCAACCCCAGCAUCACAGGAAGUGACCUAAUGCGGCCCGACUACGUGCCUUCCCACCGGCACAGCGCCCUGAUCCCGCCGUCCUACCGCGCUACGCCCGAUUACGAGAGCGUCAUGAGGCAGAAGAACCACGGGAUGAUCCCACCAGCCGAGCGCCAGAGCCACUCCAUGAGGAACCUGAACAUCGGGAACUCGUACGCCUACAGCCGCCCCGACCCGCUCGUGUACAGCCAGCCGGAGAUCCGGGAGCACGGCACGGGCCAGUACCCCUUCCACCUCAACUACAGCUUCCACAGCCCCUCCCCGUACCCCUAUCCCACCGAGAGACGGCCUGUCGUAGGAGCCGUCAGCGUCCCCGAGCUCACCAACGUCCAGCAGGCGCAGGAAUAUCCUCCGCCCAACAUCAUCAGGAAUCAGGUUUAUUGGCCGCCUCCGCCGUAUCCCUACCCUCACCCUCGACCUGCUAACAGCACCCCGGACCUGUCCCGCCAUCUCUACGUCAGCAGCAGUAACCCGGACCUGAUCACGCGCCGUGUCCAUCACUCGGUGCAGACCUUCCAGGAGGACAGCCUUCCCGUGGCUCACUCGCUGCAGGAAGUGAGCGAGCCGCUCGUCACGACCCGACGGCCUCACAUGCACAAACGCAACUCCAUCGAGAUCGCCGGGCUAGCGUACGGCCUCGAGAACAUGAGGCUGAAGGAGAGGAAGGCAUCUGCAUCUUCGGCUGAGACCCCGCCCCCUGUUGCCCAGGUGAUGCCGUCUGCAGCAUCCGGCUCCGACAUCAACGUUGUCCUGGAGGUGACGAAGCCAGAGGAUGCUGUCAUCAAGGAGGAUGCCAUCUAUGGCCACAAAAAAUCCCUGUCUGAUGCCACGAUGCUGGUGCACAGCAGCGGUGAAGAGGAAGAGUUUGAAGACGAUGGCGGACGACACACACCUCAGUCUCAGGAUGCUGUGGGCGGCCCCGAGCAUCACAUGACCCCGAUGGGACGGCCCCUCGUAGAUCCACCCGCUUAUCCCUUCAGCCACAGUAUGGAGACAGUCCUGACAGCCCCUCUGGGGUACCAGCCCCAUCCCAUCAUCCGCAAACCAGAAGACAUGGGGCCGCUACCGCCUCUGCGUGAGCCCGGACACAUGGUGCCUUCAGUAUCAGAGGGAGAUCUGAGCGGACAGGGACGCUUCAGACAGAAGAAAGACGUCUUUAAGAGACCCGUCUCUGACGUGCCACCUGCCAGAAGAAACAUCGAUGGUCUUCCACCGGCCGGGAUGAAGAAAGGACGCUCCGAGGUCAAGAAGGUGGGUCCCCUGAAGAUGGCGGCUCUCAACGGCCUGACACUGUCCAGAAUGCCUCUGCCCGAUGAAGGGAAGGACGACCCGGAGAACUCGUCUAAUGAUGAGCGGUGUAAGAUACUGGAGCAGCGCAUGGAGCAGGGGAUGGUGUUCACCGAAUACGAGCAGGUGCCCAAAAAGCGUCCCAACUGUGAGUGCACCAUCGCUCUGAUGCCCGAGAACAGCGACAGGAACCGCUUCCAGGACGUCCUGCCCUACGACGACACGCGUGUGGAGCUGGUGCCCACCAAAGAGAACAACACGGGCUACAUCAACGCCUCGCACAUCAGGGUUACGGUCCGAGGGAAAGAGUGGAGUUAUAUCGCGUCUCAGGGUCCGCUCUCCAGCACCUGCCAAGACUUCUGGCAGAUGGUUUGGGAACAAGGAGUCUCCAUCAUCGCAAUGGUUACAGCAGAGGAGGAAGGGGGUCGAGAGAAGAGUUUCCGCUACUGGCCUCGUCUGGGCUCUCGUCACAACACGGUAACAUACGGGCGAUUUAAGAUCACCACACGCUUCCGCACAGACUCGGGGUGCUACGCCACAACGGGGCUGAAGAUCAAACACCUCCUGACGGGACAGGAGCGAACCGUGUGGCACCUGCAGUACACCGACUGGCCCGACCACGGCUGCCCCGAGGACUUCAAGGGCUUUCUCUCGUACUUGGAGGAGAUCCAGUCUGUGAGGCGACACACCAACAGCUCCAGCGACCCAAAGAACACAAACCUUCCUGUCCUGGUGCACUGCAGCGCAGGGGUGGGACGCACUGGUGUGGUCAUCCUGUCUGAGAUCAUGAUAGCUUGUCUGGAACAUAAUGAGAUGCUGGACGUCCCGACCGUUCUGAACUUGCUGCGGCAGCAACGCAUGAUGAUGGUACAGACGCUCUCACAGUACUCCUUCAUUUACAAAGUCCUCAUUCAGUUCCUGAGAAACUCCAGACUGAUCUGAGACCAGCGCUGGCACAGAGGAGCCUCUCACAAGCCCUCGGUCCCCGUCGGAGCUUCCUCACAGUGUUAGUGACGGGGCAGUAAUGAAGGACGCUGCGGCGCGCUCUGCUUUACCAGUAUUAUUCACUGUGGGCUUGUACACGGAUGUCAGUCCCAGCACUUUUAUUUAGCUGUACAUAGACACGAAGGACGCAGCUCUCUUAUUUAAUAUGAUACGCUGAACUGCAGUGGUUCUUUUAUACCGGGUGGGAUUUUAUUCGUUUACGCAGUGUUCCAGUAAUGGAUUAAUUUGACGAAAAGCCCAAAUUUGUUGCUUUGCAGUUAUGCUGAAAUGCAAAAAAGGCUUGCUUUUCUAUAUGCAAAAUAUCUAAAUGCUAAUUUAUUUUCUUGAGAUUUACAUAUUUGCGUCAUGGGACGUCCAGUGUUACAGUGAAGCUGUUUUUUCUUGAGAUUUUACCAUUUAACCCUUCGAACGGGUUUCGCCGAUCAAAAGUUUGCGUCUCAAGUUUGAAUGCAGCCAAAGACGUGAGGGUUUAUUUUCUGAUCGCAGACGCAACCUAUAAAUCAUUUACACUAUGUAUUAAAACUGCAUAUGAAAACUGUAUUCUACAUAUAUGCUUUCUCAUUGCAUUAGAGAUGAUUUUGUAUUUUUCCAGCUCUUGCCAUAUUUCCACCAGCAUUCAAUAACACGGCACGCCAAAGAGCGUCACAAACUCGACUUCUGCAUUGGAGUGAACAAUAGUGUGGGUUUAUUGUGAACGGUUUGUGACCUCAUUAUCUUAAAUACAGUGGCUAUGAUGGUUAACCAAAGAGUUUUCACCAUAUUGAAUUCUUUGAGUCUUAAAACACUGAAUCUGCAUUAUCCAUUCUGUUUCGGGAGGAUCUGAAGGAGCAGAAUGUGCCAUAGCAAAUCAUUAGGCCCUUUGCGUUUUUUAAUUGCAGUAAGGUCGUUAUGUACGAUAAAGCAGUGCAGACUGAUGCUACAUUCCACCAUAAUGGUGCUGUUGCAUGCUCUUAAAGGAAUAGUCUACCCAAAAAUGCUCACCAAUUGAUUCUCUGCAGUGAAUGGGUGCCGUCAGAAUGAGAGUCCAAACAGCUGAUAAAAACAUCACAACAAAUUUUGCCAUGGGUGAAUUUCACAGAACUUUCCAGAAGCAUCCAGGUCAUAUUUCACUACAAAAUGAAAAGAAAAAAGGGUAACACUUUAGAAUAAGGUUCCAUUAGUUAAUGUUAGUUAACUACUUUCGUUAACAUGAACUAAGCAAGAACAAUCCUUCUACAGCAUUUAUAAGUCUUAGUUCAUGUUAAUUUCAACAUUUACUAAUGCAUUAUUUAAAUCAAAAGUUGUGCUUGUUAACAUUAGUUAAUGCACUGUGAAUUACCAUGAACUAACAAUGAAUAACUGUAUUGUCAUUAACUAACAUUAACGAAGGUGAAUAAAUACAGUAAUAAAUGUAUUAUUCAUUGUUUGUUCAUGUUAAUUAAUACAUUAACUAACAUUAACUAAUGGAACCUUAUUCUAAAGUGUUACCGAAAAAGCAAUGCAAUUUAAGUAAUACAAUACAUUGCAAAGUGCCAUUGAAAAUAUUUGUUGAACUGAAUUAAAUGUAUUGCUUACAGAAAGGACGAUGUAUUACUGGAUUUCAGUAAUGAGGAUCAGCUUUCUUUCACAUGACAGUGAUUUGAAUUUGAGGGCAAAUAGUUGCUUAAUUGUUAUGGGGAAAAAAGCUGAAAGAUUUAAUUGUCCAAGAAUGGGUUACAGUAUAAAAUGAAUUAUAUUAUUUUAUUUAACUUUUUUGAUUUUGGGUUGAAAUAUGAUCAGAAAUGUUUUUGAUAGGAGUCACUCUCUUUAUUCAGUUCUGACUGGUGACUAAAACAACAGCAGUGUGUCCUUGUUGGGCUUUGGUUAAACUGUAAUAUAUAAAUAAAUAUAUAUAUAUAAUGAAGGACAAUCCCUUUUUCACAUUAUCCUGUGCAUCGGAAUAUCAUGGAACAUUAAUUUAAAAACCGAACAUAUCCACAGUUUGAGUUCCUUCACCAUAGCAUCAAUACUAUGAAUGAGGUAAAAGUAUUUUUAAGUGUUUUGGAGUACACUCAAUGUUGGUCUCAAACCUUCUCAUCGUUCAUUUUGAGUUCUGUUGGUUUAGAUUCAGACAAACUGCUGCGGUGUUUGAGGUUUGCUCGUGUGAAUGGACAAUGAUCGGUGUUCAUCUGAACUGGAAACCUGAACUUCAAGACAAUAAUGUACAAAGCUGAAAACUGGACUGUUAAAGCCCUUCCCAGAGCUGCUUUUUGGAAUACAUGUAUCUUAAUAGCAGAUAUUGUUUAUAUUGCUGAUUUUAAGUGUUAUUUACUUUUAACCACAAACUAGUAAAACUGAUGUUUACCCCGGAUGGAUUCUCAUGUGUUUCGGCAUCAUGAGUGCAUGUUCUGAUGAUGUACAGCGAUCAGAAGAGCUAAAUUAUAUCCCUUUGUAAACAACUAUAUUUUUCUUUCAGAAAAUAAAUAUUUUAAAUUGUUAAAUUAA